CGGAGAAGAAGAAAAAAGAAAACAAUUGCAAAGUCUCACCAUUUUUAAAUCCUCUUCAAUACCAGCGAGAGCGAUCGGUUCCAACUACAACAACCAAGGUUUGCAUAGCUCUGUGCGGAGGGUAACGAGAUGAGAGCAGCUGUUAGAUCCAAAUUCACAAACAACUUGUUCUACACGACGUUUGCGGUGGCGUUUGUCACCGUUGCUGGCUCCUCUGUGAUGCCAUGUCCGGCACACAGCAUCAACAACGAAGAUGAGACGAUGUACAACCAACAAGAGAAGAAAGAGAAGAAACAAUAGCACGGGGUAUUUGGGUAUACUGCAUUGCUUUCUUUCUAACGACA